AUGUAUGAUAAUGCAUACUCUGUAGGCAGCGAGCGUCGUUGCAGCGAGCCGGUGCCGCAAGUUGGCCUCUCCGCCACGGCGGGCUCCCUAAACGGGUUGCGGGCGCCAGCUUUUCCACCACAAAAAAUCCGCGAAGCCGCGGGUCCCUCCGCAGAUCGCAACCGUCCGGCGCAUAACGCUGUUUGGGGCAGACCCCAGGAUCGCUUGCUUGGAGUACCUACAGCGAUGAGUGAAGGUCAGGGCCCAGCAGCACCUCCGCCGGCGGGACCGCGAAAUUCAAACUCCAGUGGCGGCAGGCGACGGGCAGGACGAGGCGCGUCUCAUCAUUCCGAUCGCUCAGAGAAUCGCAGAGAAGAUGGCACCAGCGACAGCCAGCCUAGAGGCCCAAAAAGCCGGGGCGGAGGUGGCGGAGGUCGAGGGGGACGCGACAGACAACGGAAUCGCAGCCAGAAGCCCAAAGCACAGGCUUCCAAUGCCGCAUCUGGGGGAGGCGGGCAGCCACCGGGCAGUGUCCCUGAUGGGCCAGGCACCUCCGGUGAUCGCUCGACCGGAGAUGCCAGACGAACAGAGAGCGAGGGGAAGGGCAAGCAGCUGGUUGCGACAGCGACGGAUGAGCCGGACGACGGAGAGAUCUGCUUCAUCUGCGCAUCGAAAGUCGAGCAUACGUCCGUCGCGCCUUGCAACCAUCGAACUUGCCAUAUCUGCGCGCUGAGGUUGAGAGCGCUCUACAAGACGAAGGCGUGUGCGCACUGUCGGACCGAGUCCAGUUUCGUAAUAUUCACCGACGACCCUGCAAAGCGGUACGAACAGUUCACAGAGGCGGAGAUAGCCCGGACGGACGAUAAUCUGGGAAUCAAGUACGAGCGGGAAGAGAUCUUCGAAGACACCGUCAUCCUGCUCCGAUACAACUGUCCGGAUCGGGACUGCGAUGUGGCUUGUUUAGGGUGGCCAGAUCUGCACCGGCAUGUCAAGAGCAAACAUGGGAAGGUUAUGUGCGAUCUGUGUACUCGGCACAAGAAAGUCUUCACACACGAGCACGAGCUAUUUACUACGUCCCAGCUGCGAAAACAUGAGAAGUAUGGGGACGACAAUCCCGGUGCUGCUGACCAAAGCGGUUUCAGAGGCCAUCCAGAGUGCGGGUUCUGUCGAAUACGAUUCUAUGGAGAUGAUGAGCUCUAUGCCCACUGCAGAGACAGGCAUGAACGAUGCCAUAUCUGCGACCGCCGGUCCGGCAAUCGUCAGCAGCAGUACUUUAUCGAUUAUGACGCCCUUGAAGAUCACUUCCAGAGGGAUCACUACUUGUGUCCAGACAAGGAAUGUCUGGAGAAGAAAUUCGUGGUGUUUGAGACCCAGAUGGAUCUCCAAGCGCAUCAACUGGAGGUCCAUCCUCAUGGGCUCUCUAAAGAUGCCAGGAGAGACGCUCGAACGGUGGAUAUGUCCACCUUUGAUUACCGGACACCCUAUCAGCCGCAGAGGCAGCGUCGCGGUGCAGGAAGAGGGCGAGAUCCCAAUGCAGAGCCACUUCCGAUUUCUAGUGCCCAGCCCCUGAGACGGGACGAAAUAGCGUAUCAAAGGCAGAUGGCUAUCCAGAGCGCACAAUCAGUCACCACGCGAACUUUCGGAGGCCAGCUAACUACUACUAGCACCACUCAAAGCGCCCGAAGCCCUCGCGCGGCUGAUCCAACCCCGGCCCAGGCUGCUGCUGCUGCUGCUCGCAGUCCACCGGUCUCUGAGAUGGAGAACCUCAACAUCAGCACCUAUUCAGGCCCUCUCACACCGCAGGAGCAAGCGCGCCGCCUUCGCCACGCUGCCGUCAUAGAACGGGCGUCCAAUCUCCUCAAAAACGAUCAACUGAAACUCUCGGAAUUUCGCACCAAGGUGUCGAACUACCGCACCUCCGCCAUCUCUGCAACCGAUCUCAUUGACGCUUUCUUCUCAUUGUUCGACGCGCCCAGCUCCGAGUUGGGAAAACUGAUCAAGGAACUCGCCGAACUCUACGAGGACGAGUUUAAGAAGAACGGCCUCCUCAAAGCCUGGAAUGACUGGCGGGCGAUCAACGAAGAUUACCCGGCUUUGCCAGGUCCCAGUGGCGUGCUUCCGGGGCUGUCGUCCAACACCGCGGGCGCAGGAGGGAACCGUGUUCUGCGGUUAAAGUCCUCGACCGCUCAAUCGUCGCGGUCUGCCGUGGGCCGGAGCGGUGCUCUUCCUGGGAGCUUGUCGUCUGGGAACCCAUUCCCGCCUCUAUCCUCUGCUUCUUCUUCUUCCGCUUCCAGAACGACGACAUCCGCACCUGUAUGGGGCACUGGUACUCCUGCGUCUCGUCCCGGCGUGACAUCCAGCACCUCUACUACUACAUCUUCUCGCUCUGCUCCACGGACCAGCGCCCCGAGCGCAGAUGAUACGGAAGCCUUCCCUGCCCUCCCUGCGGCUCCCAAGCCCAACACGUUAAUGGCCGGCGUGACUCGCGGCACCGUCCGCUGGAACGAGCAUGCACCAACUACGAAUGCCUGGGCAACCGGUACCGCCUCGUCAUCCGCAGCAGCAGCGUCUGCCAGUGCAGCGAACGAUGCAGAAACCGACGACCUGGGACCCGUGUCCACGACGGGGAAGAAAGGCAAGGGCAAGAAAGGGAAGCAAACCCUGUUCCACUUUGGAUAA